AUGAGCGUUCCCGGCAUGCAACACGGUCUUGGAGGCCUCGGAAACAACCAAAUGGCCGGCAUGAGCGAGCAAGAACAGGCUAUGGUUAAGAUGAUGCAAGCCGGUAUGGAGUCCUGCCCCGUCAAGACCGUCAUCUCUGGUACAAUGGGUUUCGCACUUGGUGGUGCCUUUGGUCUCUUCAUGGCCAGUAUGUCCUACGACUCCCCCCUCACCCCCCAAGGCCGCGAAAUCGCCGACCUCCCCUGGCGCGAACAAGUCCGCCGCGGCUUCAAAGACAUGGGCAAACGCUCCUUCUCCUCCGCAAAGAACUUCGGUAUCGUCGGUGCCCUGUACUCCGGAACAGAGUGCUGUAUCGAGGGUCUCCGCGCCAAGAACGAUUUGACCAACAGUGUUGCCGCGGGUUGUUUGACGGGUGGUAUUUUGGGUGCUAAGGCUGGCCCGCAGGCUGCUGCUUUUGGCUGUGCGGGCUUUGCCGCGUUUAGUGCUGCUAUUGAUGCUUAUAUGCGUAUGCCCUCAGAGGAGUAG